UCACAUUCGCGCUCGUCAGAAGGUCAUCGCUACCAGAGAGGAAGAGGCGAACGAAAGGGUCCACUUUCGUCAAAAUUUGUCCAAGCGAUAAUAAGCAGACCGCCUGCAUUUCCGAUUUUGAGACAACGAUUCCAAUUGUAGGGGCGGAAACAAAACCAUAUUAUUAUACAGUGUCGCUAACGGAAAAUUACGGCACGUGGGGGCGGGUUACCGAACAUUUUUUUUUGUGUAACCCUGAUGGUACAUAAGCAGGUAGUAUGAUAACUUGCAGGUCAAUGUUGCGGUGGGUUACCGGGAGUUUAGGGCAUAUUAGUCUGCAUGUUAAUUAAGAGUAGAUCGGGGCAUUUCAUCUUGUGAUAUGUCAGGCAGUUAUUGAAUGAGAUGUCUGAUGCCUACAGUCUAGAUAGCGCACGUCAUAGACUUAAGCUACUUGCGAUACAAUUGUGUUUCAUAAGGAAUUUAGUUGUCGGGAUUGUCUUUAAUUGAUUUAGACAUAUCUUAGUCGUGUGUCUUAUCAAUUUCUUGGUCUAUGCUUUGUCAUAAUAUGCAGAAUAACUGUUCUGAAAUAAAGGUUUUCGUCACAUUUAGCGUAUAUGUAAAUUUUAGUGAUAUUAUCUGUUUAGUAAUACUAGCAUAAUAGCCCAUAGCGCAAUUGAAAUUGUUUGGUGGGAGUUAAAGACUACUAGCCUACAAGUUAAAAUGGGACUGGGGUCCGAAAAUGCAGCAUCCACCACCAAACUAUCCAUUCGUCAUGGGGUAUACAAAGAGGAGACGAAUAUCGCUCUGAAAGCACCCUUAAACGUAGAGGGUAUGUUACCAAAGAAAGUGGGGCACGUGACUGCAGAAAGAGCCAUCUGGGGUCGCCGCAUUGAGUUUGUCCUUGCAUCGGUGGGGUACGCGGUUGGACUUGGGAACGUGUGGCGGUUUCCAUACCUCUGCUACAGGAGCGGUGGAGGUGCCUUCCUCAUUCCUUACUUUCUCAUGCUGUUUCUGUGUGGAAUCCCCCUGCUCUUCUUGGAGUUUGCCAUUGGGCAGUAUACCCGACUGGGACCAGUGCACGCUCUAGCCAAAAUCUGCCCCUUGUUCAAAGGUGUGGGCAUUGCCACAGUCGUGAUCUCCUUUGUGCUCUGCACCUACUACAACGUUCUCAUGUGCUGGGCGCUCUACUACUUCUUCAACUCAUUCCGAGCCACCUUCCCCUGGCAGUCCUGCAACAACACCUGGAAUGCUGUCGGUAACUGCUCCAUCGGUUUCCCUGGCAACACCACCCACUUGCAUUCGGCCAGUCAGCAAUACUUUGAUCACAGGCUUCUGGAGAUAACCAAUGGUAUUGAGGAGGCAGGAGGACUACGCUGGGAGCUGUUUGGACUCCUUAUCCUGGCCUGGGUCAUUGUCUACUUGUGCAUCUUCAAAGGUGUCAAAUCCACUGGCAAGGUUGUUUAUUUCACCGCCACGUUCCCAUACUUCAUGCUGUUUGUCUUGCUCAUCAAUAAUGUCCAGCUUCCUGGAGCCAAGAAUGGGAUGCUUUACUUCCUGAAGCCUAAGUGGAGCAAGCUGCUUGAUGUUCAGGUGUGGGUUAACGCUGCAGCCCAGGUAUUCAACUCCAUUGGAAUAGGAUUUGGUACCAUGAUCUCCAUGGCCAGUUACAACAAGUUCAACAAUAACAUCCUCAGGGACACAUUGAUUGUCUCCUUAGCUAACUCGGCUACCAGUAUCCUGGCUGGUUUUGUGAUAUUCUCAGCCAUUGGCUACAUGGCUCAUGUCCACAACCUCCCAGUAGACAACAUCGCCACAGAUGGUCCUGGGUUGGUGUUUGUGGUGUAUCCAGAGGUCUUCUCCACUAUGCCUCUGCCCCAGUUGUGGGCUCCUCUGUUCUUCUUCAUGCUUCUCUGCCUGGGACUGGACAGUCAGUUUGCUAUGGUGGAGGUGGCGGUGACGUCCAUAAUGGACGGCUGUGGCCCCAAGGUGCUGCGUGUCCUGAAGAGACAGGAGAUCAUCGUUCUGACUGUCUGUGUUAUUGGCUUUCUUCUAGGCAUUCCUCACAUCACUAAGGGGGGAAUGUACGUAUUCCAGCUGAUGGACCACUACACUGCUGUGGUGUCUCUCAUGUUCCUGGCCUUCUUUGAGGUCCUCGCUGUCUGCUGGGUUUUUGGACUGCGGCGGAUGACCAUCGUGAUCAAGAGGAUGUUGGGAAAGGCUCCCAACAUCUAUUUCUGCUCCUGCUGGAUGUUCUUCUCCCCUGUGCUGGUCAUGUGCAUUCUGAUCUCCAGCAUCGUCCAGUACACACCCGCUCGCUAUGGGAAGUCAUACACAUACCCUGUCUGGGCAGAGGUGGUGGGCUGGGGAAUCUCCCUGGUCUCCAUCGUUUGGAUCCCCCUGGGAGCGCUGCAUGAGAUCUGCAGAAAUAAGGGCACACUGAUGCAGAGGAUAAAAACAGCCAUGACUCCUACAAUAGAGUUGGACCCCGUCAACCAUCUACCAGAGAAGGAGAGAGUGGACAUCCCGGAGUCUGUUGUCUUUAUCACUCAUCUGUGAACAGGGACAAAAGCACUGUGUCUAGGUUCGUGAGUCACAGUGACUGUGUGAGUCCUCUAUUAGGAUAGGGAGGUGGGGAGGUUGUUGGGUAGUUUAUGUAAAUAACUUCAAGUAUUUAUUCUAUGAAUCACUGAUACCAUGACACCUAACCUAUAGUGAAAUAGACAGGGUAAACAGUCAAGGUAAAACCAUAGGUUACUGACCUCAAAGAUGUCCUUCAAGUGCCAUGACAUGUCCUUGCCCGGAAGCACUUUAUUGCCUUACAGGUACUGGAUACCCAGGUGCUUAUAAUACAAACAUUACAGGGUAGCCUACUCUGACACUUACAAACAUAUUAAUAAAAACGAUGAAAACAAUUAAGUUAAGCAUUUUGAUAAAAUACCGGUUGGAGUCUAUUCAUUGUCAUGUCUUUAUAGCAAUUUGCUUUCCAAACAGUUUUUCCGCGAUUGUAUUUUUUUAAGUAUUGCGAUAUGCCUGGCUGGGUCUCUGCUUGUUUUAAAUUGCAUAGCCUACAGUCGGAAGGGCCAGAAAUUUGGGCAGCGAGCGCUGCAAAUACCAAAUAGGCUAGAUUAUUGUUGAGUUGCAACUGUCAGUGAAAAAGCAGAGACCCAGCCAGGCAUAUCGCAAUAUUUAAAAAAAUACAAUCGCGGAAAAACUGUUUGGAAAGCAAAUUGCUAUAAAGACAUGACAAUGAAGAGACUCCAACCGGUCUUUUAGUUAUAAAAAUGCUUAACUUAAUUGAGCGAACAGUAGCCCAUCUUAUUGGAAGCAGCGGAGAACAUCAGCCAUAUCCCAGGUGAGUAAGAAGCUAUUGAUCCUCCGAAUCAUGCUUCCUGGUGUAGCCUAUUUUGAAUGAUUUUAUAUUUUUUUGUGUUGACAGGAUCAAGCUAAUUAGGCUAUAUCAUUUUGGCAAUUUAAUUAAAUGUACUUUAGGGAUAGCUUAGCUUCCCAUAGCCUUUUGUACACGCCGCCUAUGCCUUUUAAUGUGGCAUAAACACAACGUUUUCAUCUAAUUGUCAAACAAUGACUUAACAACGGCGCUCUAGUAGGCUACACGCGCACGCACAUUCGUCCAAUCCAAACCCCAUCAGUGCAACCGCAAUUUGAUGAAUGGAAAGAGACAUCUGUUAUAAAACAUCUACGUGUAUUGUAAUGACGUUCUGUGAUUGUCAUUAGGCCUACACUUGUAGCCUGAAUUGAUGCAUCCACUGUUGUCCACGCGCGCCUCAGUGUCCGCCACUCAUCUCCGCCUUUACAAAGUGGAGGCUAAGUGUUCUCCUCAAACCACAAUGCAAUUUGGCGCAUAUACCACCCAGUUUCAAGUCAAAUCGUAAAUUGUUCAUGCUGCUGACAUGCAGUAAUGUUAAAUAAUGGUGUAAUAGGCUCACGUUUUACUAGUACGGCGUACCCCCAAUAUUUAAUUUGCCAGGACGCGGUACCGCCUUACUUUCACCCCUGAUUAUGAUAUGGUAAAACAUCAUAUUCAUCAUGCCACAAGACUAUUCUCUCCGGAGGACAACUCGUCCCUCUGGUAAUCUCUUCAAUCAGCUAUUCUCUCCGCUGGACCUAACACAUUGUGUCUACCAACAUAAAUUGACGAACAAUUUUCACCAAAUGUAAAAGCCAAUGUAGCCAAUACACACACACGGCAUAGCCUCCGAUAGCGGCAUAUUUCAUAUCAUCCGAAAAAAAUGACACACUGAUCAACUCAGCUCAGCCUUAGACCGAUGACGCAUCCACAGUUACAACCAAUCGGUGGCUGCUCAAUGCAACAAAUGAUGGCUAGGCAAAUCAGCGAGAAAACAAACCUUUUCCCUUUCACCAGAUCGAUUACAUGGACUAAGGUCCACAUUGAAUCAACAUAGUCACCUUGUGGCCAAGGUUUUUACUCACAGUGAGGUCAGAUGAGGCUCAGGUGAAUAUUGAUCAACAAAGUAAAAAUCCCUCGUUCUGCCCCUGAACAAGGCAGUUAACCCACUGUUCCUGGUAGGCUAUCAUUUUAAAUAAGAAUUUGUUCUUAAAACUGACUUGCCUAGUUAAAUAAAGGUUUUAAAAAAUAUAUGCAAUUAGAUGUAUAGAGGUUAACUGUGAGGAAGGAAACCACUGCAGUGCUGCUAUGACAUCCGUUAGUGGGGAGAGUCCAAUGUUCUGACAUCAUUCAUCAGCAGUUUUUACACUUGAAUGGACUUUGAAGUUUUGGGGUUCUGGUUGGAGUUUUCUAUUUUACUUGCUCUGCCAAAGUGUGUGCCUCAGUUGUGUGUCUUUGUGUUUGUUACAACAAUGACAAUUGGAUCUCAGCUUUACAAGGAGUGCCUUUUAUCAUUAAAAGAUCCAAUGACAUUGGAAUUGUCAUGGACUAUCGGACUGAAAGGCUCAAAGAAAGAAAUAUGAUUAGACAUGAUUUAGAUGGUAAAAUGUAUGAAAUAAAUACAAUGGGGUCUUUUGAGGGGUCACAUAAAUAUGUGACUAAGUGAAGAUACAUUUGCCACCUGCCACAAGUGCCAUGUAUCAAAAAUAUUGAUUUUGGAUUGUCAAUACUUUGAUGAAAAUACCCAAAAUAUAGAGAUUAUCACCAACCCAUCUUAAGGAUCAUUAAAACAUUCACACAAUUAUAAUUUAGUGUUAACUCUCUUUUGAUAUAAAACAAGAUCAAAUUCCCAUUUAGUUAGCUGUUUAGAUGCAUUUUGUGUCUGUUUGUCAAACAGCAUUUAGUUUUGACUAAUUCGUUUAUGAUGACAAUCGUCUAUUUCUACCAUUGCACAAACCACAAUAAGGGGUUAAAAAUAUAAUCAUGCCUGAUUUUUGUUAUUCUAUGCAAUUGUAUGGUUGUCACAAAAUGCGGGGUUACUGCUGCUGGUUGUUUUUUAUUCAUUAUCCUCAUACAUUCAAACCAAAUAUUUUAUACAUUUAAUUUAUUUUCAAAUGUUUUUUGUUGUGUCAAACAAAAUAACAAACACACUGUUACUAUUUCUCCAUUAAGUUCUCCAUGGUGGUACUACUUUAAGAAAUGUUUAUGCUCAUAUUACACUUUUAAAAUAGCAACUUUCUCCUUUUUUAAAAUUGAUUUAGCAUUUAAUAAUUUCUCUUUUUAUUUACAUGUAUCUUGUUUAAAGUGUACUUUCAGUUUGACUUAUUUUUUUACAUCUGAAACUUUGAAAAAUAAAAUUUGAUUCAUAAUACCUGUUUAUCACGCAGAGCUAUUUGUGUCAAAUAAAGAACAUUAUUGGCAAA